GACGGAAGACAGACCUUCCGGGAAGAGGAGCAGGAGCCAGACCGCCGCGGAGCACAUGGACCACCCGUCUCCUUCCAGGAAAGGUCUGGGCCUCUGCUCGCUGCGCUGCGGCCUGGCCCUGCUGCUGCACUUCUGCAACGUGGCCUUGCUGUGCCAGCGCUCCUGCCUCAGCCUCACGAUGGUCGCCAUGGUGAACAGCUCAGCGCUGCAGGCCGUGCCCAACGCCUCGGCCUCGGAGCCCCUGGAGCGCGUAAAGAGUCCCGUGUACGACUGGAGCCCCCGAACCCAGGGCAUCAUCUUGAGCGCCAUCAUGUACGGUAUGCCCGCCGCCCAAAUCCCCAUGGGCUACCUCUCCGGGGUGUACCCCAUAAAGGUGGUGACUGGCUUGGCGCUGCUCCUGAGCUCCGUCUGCAACCUGCUGGUUCCGCUGGCCGCGGAAGGCGGAGAGUCCUUGGUCAUCGCCUGCCGGGUCGUCCAGGGGUUCAGCCAGGGGACGGUGAUAGUGGCUCAGUACACGGUGUGGGUCAGGUGGGCCCCUCCUUUGGAACGAAGCCGCCUUACCUCUGUGAGCCUGUCAGGAAACAUGCUGGGCCCCUGCCUCUCCCUGCUGGUCACCGGCUUCAUCUCCCAGGCCCUGGGCUGGCCGGCGGUCUUCUACAUAUUUGGCGCUGGCGGCUGCGCCCUCAGCCUGCUCUGGUUCCUGCUGUUCUACGACGACCCCGAGCAGCACCCGUGCAUCAGCCUCAGCGAGAAGGAGUUCAUCGCGUCCUCCGUCGUGCAGGUCAGCUCCAGCGGGAAGUCGGUGCCCAUCAAGGCCAUGCUCAAGUCCCUCCCAGUCUGGGCCAUUUCCUUCUGCUGUUUUGCUUUUUCCUGGACAAACAGCAUCAUGUUCAUGUACAUGCCAACAUUCCUCAGAGCCAGGCUCCGCAUUGACAUAAGGGAGAAUGGACUGCUGUCGGCCCUGCCCUACCUGCUGUCUUGGGUCCUCGGGAACCUGGCGGGGUACUUGGCCGACUUCUUCCUGGCCAGGAAGAUUCUCAGCUUGAUCGCCAUCCGGAAACUCUUCACCACUCUGGGGCUCCUCCUGCCCGCCCUCUUCGCAGUGAGCCUGCUCCACCCCGGCGCCAGCCGUGUCACCGUCGUCACCUGCCUGACGCUCACAAGCGCCACAGCCGGCUUCUGCGUGGCCGGCAUGAUCAUCAAUCCCUUGGAUAUCGCUCCCAGGUAUUAUGGAUUUCUUAAAGGAGUCACAAUGCUAAUUGGAAUGACAGGAGGCCUGACCUCUUCCACUCUGACGGGAAUAAUCCUUAACCAGGACCCGGAGUCGUCCUGGUUUAAAAUCUUCCUGCUGAUGGCAGCCAUCAACGUGACCAGCCUGAUUUUCUACCUCGUGUUCGCUAAGGCGGACGUUCAGGACUGGGCUAAGGAGCGGCAACAAACUCGCCUCUGAAGGUGCACUGCCCCAGAGUGCUGGGGAGAUCUCGGGGCUCGCCACAGAAACGUGGGAGCCUCGGCUCCCGCCCACUGGGAAGUGAG